AACCCUAGCACCCCCUUUCUCUCUCGACUAAAGUCGCAGCCGCUUCUCCGAUUUGAAUCUCCUCUGGCGGUCGGCUCUGCCGCGGUCGUCGGGAGCGGCCUCUUCUGUUUCUCUGUCAUGUUAUCGGCUUUUCUCCUUGAGUUUUUGGUUCCUCUGAAACUUACGGCUUGGAUUCGUUAGAUCUGAGAUGGUGAGUCAAAGGGUCCGACCUCGUUGUAUUUCUCGGUGUUUAUGGGCAUAUUCCUCGACGUCCAGAGAUACGGAGACUCGAUGGUAUGACCCAGGUUUGAUUCCCCUGUUUAUGUGGUAUCUUUGUAGGAACUAGGGUCUCUUGGUAUUUCUGUCUUCUGUGUCUUAGUAAUGAGACGAGGCUUUCAAAAGACGAUGGAGUGAGAGAUCAGGGAUCCGAAGUUGUUAGCUUCUUGCUGUUUGCUUUGGCUGCCCCACUAGAUUCGUAGCUUUUUCAGGUGUGCGGGUGCAGUUUAUUCCGGCUCUGAUGUGGGGUGGUAAUUCUUCCAUCGGUUCGGGUGAGGCAAAGCUCAAGUAUUUCAAUGGUGGUCGCUUGUGCUUCUCCUGUUAUCUUCUCUUUGUCUUGGUGUAGCGAAGGUCCUCGGUCUAAGUUAGGUCUUAACCUGUGUUAUACCUUUCCCUUGCUCGAAGUUCAAAGCCUCUCGAUAUAAGUUCGGCUCUGUUUCGAGGCCUCAUUGGUGAGGCGUUCUGGUGGAGCUUCUGUUUGAGGCUUCUUUGUGGAGACAACUUCAGAGAGUGUAGAGGAUUCAGAGUUAGGGAGGUGGUUGUUCGAAUUCAUAAAGGAAGUUUCAGUUGGUUUUGGACUUGUGGAGUUUGUUUGGUCUAAUGGUUAUGUUGGGAGAUAGCAUUCUCUGCAUCUUCAGGCCUCGCCGUUUGUCCUCUGCUCUUGUUUUUUGUUUUCUUCAUCUGGUGAAGAUCCGGAGCGGGGAAGUUGUUCAGUUCCUUGGGUUGAAACGAACGGGUUUCUCCGGAUUUUUUGGUAAGGAGCUGUGGAGCCUUAGCUCAAUUUCAUGCAGUCUUUGAGUGGUUAAUUGCCAACUGUCGUCUUCUUUAAGAUCGUCUCUCUUGUGGGCUUCUUGUUGAUGAAGCAAUUUUAGAUUCUGUGACUCUCUUUUGUUCUUAUCAUCACCGACUCCUCCCGUGUAUAUCAUCAUCUUCUGAGUCUUACAAUAACAAAACCCAUUCUUGGUGUAUUCCGUUGAUGGGUCAUCCAAAAAUCCAAGCUUUAAUCGAUUUUUCCUCUUAAGAGAUUUAAAUCUGCAUAAGGAACGCAUCAGCUUUUUGUAUUAAAGAAGAAAUCAGAAGGAGAACGAGGAUAGAUACAUACAGGCAAAAGAAAAACGUUGCUGUUAAGAAAAAGUUUGCUCUCUCUCUGCCUUAAGCGAUAGAAGAAGAUGGUGGCUUUUGGGAAAUAUCUGCAGCGGAAACAAAUCGAAGAAUGGAGAGGCUAUUACAUCAAUUACAAAUUGAUGAAGCAGAGAGUAAAGCAAUAUGCUGAACAAAUACGUGGCGGAUCUCAACAUCCUCGCCAUGUUCUCAAAGAUUUCUCCAGGAUGCUCGAUACUCAAAUUGAGAAAACAGUCCUAUUCAUGUUGGAACAACAAGGGUUGCUGGCAGGGAGAUUAUCCACGCUGAGGGAAACGCAUGAUGCUGUUCUCGAGCAGCCUGACAUAUCGAAAAUCGUGGAGCUACGUGAAUCAUACAGAGACGUUGGAAGAGAUCUUCUACAGCUUCUGAAAUUCGUUGAGUUGAACGCCAUUGGUCUCCGCAAGAUACUCAAGAAGUUUGACAAACGUUUUGGCUAUAGAUUCGCCGACUACUACGUCAAAACCAGGGCUAAUCAUCCUUACUCACAGCUUCAACAAGUGUUUAAGCAUGUGGGUGUAGGAGCUGUUGUUGGAGCCAUUUCUCGAAAUCUUCAUGAGCUUCAAGAAAACGAAGGAAGUUUCUAUUCAAUCUACGACCAACCUGUUCUUCCACUUCAGGAUCCAGUGGUCGAGGCAAUUAAGACAGCAGUUGACAAGUUAACAAACUCGACGAGUUUCCUCAACUUCUUGGCACAGCAUGCUCUUAUCAUGCAAGAUGAUCUCCAGACUCCUUCAGAGGAUACCAUCGAUGAACGGACUUACCAUUUUAACUCCUUACUCCUGAACUUAGGAAACACGUUUUUGUACAUGGUCAACACAUACAUCAUCGUCCCUACAGCAGAUGACUAUUCAAUGAGCCUCGGAGCUGCAGCUACUGUUUGUGGUGUUGUAAUUGGAUCUAUGGCCGUGGCUCAAGUCUUCUCCUCGGUUUAUUUCAGCGCUUGGUCCAACAAAUCUUACUUCAAACCUCUUGUGUUUAGUAGCAUCGCUCUCUUUAUCGGAAACUUAAUGUAUGCGUUGGCUUAUGAUGCAAACUCCAUUACUCUUCUCUUAGUAGGCCGUCUCUGUUGUGGGCUGGGGUCAGCAAGAGCUGUGAACAGGAGAUACAUCAGUGAUUGUGUGCCUUUGAGAAUCAGAAUGCAGGCAUCUGCAGGCUUUGUGAGUGCUAGUGCUCUUGGAAUGGCGUGUGGUCCUGCACUAGCCGGUUUGCUCCAAAUCAAAUUCAAGUUUUACAAGCUGACGUUUAACCAGUCUACUUUGCCUGGUUGGGUCAUGGCUGUGGCGUGGCUGUUCUAUUUGGUAUGGCUAUGCAUUUCAUUCAAGGAGCCGUUGCGUGAUACAGAGGAGCAAGAAAGAAGCAAGCGUAAUGAAACAAGUUCAAUGACAGAGAGAAUUGAGGAAGGUAUUCGGAAGCCGUUGUUGAUUACUUCAGGGAUCUUGCCGGAUGAUGAAGAGGAUUGCGAUGAAAGUGAAGAGUCUGCAGAUGAUUCUCGCAGACCUGCAAACUCUUUCGGUGAUGCAUACCGCCUUCUUACUCCAUCUGUUAAGGUUCAACUGCUGAUCUACUUCAUGCUCAAGUACGCAAUGGAGAUAUUACUGUCUGAGUCUAGUGUGGUUACGUCAUACUAUUUUGGCUGGACAACAAGCUCCGUUGCCAUCUUCUUGGCGUGCCUUGGACUCACGGUGCUACCUAUCAACAUUCUUGUGGGAAGUUACAUCAGUAACAUGUUUGAAGACAGGCAAAUCCUUUUGACGUCUGAGAUCAUUGUCUUUGUUGGGAUCCUCUUCAGUUUUAACUUGUUUGUUCCAUACACUGUACCGCAAUACGUGAUCUCUGGUCUAGUAAUGUUCGUUGCUGCUGAAGUACUCGAAGGUGUGAAUCUAUCAUUGUUGUCUCGGGUAAUGUCAUCAAGGCUAUCAAAAGGAACUUACAACGGAGGAUUGCUGUCUACGGAAGCUGGGACGCUGGCUAGAGUUGUGGCGGAUGUAACUAUAACGUUGGGAGGAUACUUGGGAAGAAAUCAUCUGUUGAAUGCAACUCUGCUACCAUCACUUGUCAUCUGCAUUGGCUCCAUUGUUGCUACUUGUUGUACUUAUAACUCUCUCUAUUGAUAUAUGUUAAGGGAUUUUGCUACCAGUUUUACAAAAUAGAAUUAAAAAAAUGGAACGGUGUGUAUCCUCUCUCUUUGUUUGAUUCUUUUUUGUUGUCACCAAGGUUCCUAACUCCAAUGGUUGCAUAUGUGCUCAAUUAUAUACAUAGGAAUCUUGUUCUUGUUCCUGUGUUUCGUGAGCUUUUGAUUGAGUUAUUUAUUCCAGUGUUUUUUUCCCUAA